GGUUGCGGGGCUCAUAUCUCAAUGCAUGCGGUCGGCGUCAGUUAAGAACCAAGCGCACACGUGAACGGAGUCAAUCACGAAUUCCAGUAUUUCCGGGACCACACGUCUGAUAUCGCACAUCCGCACCGCAUUUAUUUGCGAUAGUUCGAGACAUUCACUGAGACUCGCAGCAUUUUAUAAUGCAUUUAUUCAAGUGAAUUUCAACUCACUGGACUGUAUCUCGAAUCUGUUCAAGUUAAGCGACCUUACAACAGUGCCCUGUGUCGCCGUACUCAUGGCCCAUGGGAUGCUUUUGCACUGAACGGCGUUUAAUUUUCGGAGUUUCUCUUCGCCUCCCCUAGCUGGAGAUUAUCCAUUUAUUGUCAAUUCAUCAGAUAUUUGGCGCUAUUUGCAAUGUGAAUGAAUCAUAUGCUCAGUGACCUACCUUUAUUAGCAAAUGUCAUUGCCAACUAGUUCAGUUACCAUCAUGAUAUAGAACAGCGAAUUCCGACAUAUUUUCCGCGUACUUAACCCUCAGUCUCGUUUCUAAACUUUCGUAUAAGUAAAAUCGGGAAUGUGUUGAGCUUUUACCAAACGUUCAAGAGUCUUCCCAUAUUACUUGAUCUAAUGGAGAACCAGAAACCAACAACGGAAGCGCCAAGCGUGGAGGACUGGUUGUGGGCCAGUGAAGCUCGUUACGAUUCCAUGAAAAAUUUACUACAGUCAGUUAAGAAGGAUAUCGACCAGUUGACAUCAAGAAUCGAUUCCACACAAAUGCCGCUGAGCCCCGAUGUGCACGCAUCCACAGUACAAUCAAGUAAAUGGAUAACCAAUCUUGACAAAGAAGACUGUACAGGUGUAAAGCUUUGUGAUUUUUUAAGCCGGUACGAUAAUCGACCGGAUAUCUUGGAGAACCUAAAUGCAGAUUUUGAUGAGCCACUGAACGAGGUAGUAGAAGAUGAGUACAAAGAUAUUCAAAUCCGUGGACCCAUGCAACCUUUUUGCAAGAGUGAGACAAAUAGAGAGCUCUUCGACUGCGUUAUGUCCGAAGUGGAAAAUAACGUUGGGUCAUCAGUUGAUGGGAACGGCGGUAAAACAUGGCGAUCCCCUUCAGAUUACAAUUUGCAUGAUCCCUUUAAGGAAGAGGAAAACGGGGAAUUUGAAAGGGGAAUAAACCCAUUUUCUCUAGAUUCGCAUUUUCAUCAGUCUUUUAAGCAGACGGAUCUAGAUGAUCUUGGUACUGGAGCGUCCGAACCGGAUGAUGAAUCCGGCGAAAGCAUGUCACCCGCAGUUUCGCCUACUUUCGACAAUUUCGCCACCGGCGAGGUGAAUUUGAACGACAUCGUUCUUGCAAGUGAAGAACGAAGUCAAUUCGAUUUUUCUAAUGAUGACAGACUCCAAAUUUUAGGUGAUACAGAGGUCUGCGGGGUUUACGACAAGGCGCAUGCUCUAACCACCAUAUCCGAGGCCUCGGAAGAGAUUGAGGAUGACUGGUCUUCAUCCGACAUGGACAGCUCAGCACGUGGGAGUGACCCACAAAUGCCGGGCGAGUCGGUCACUAGCGUGCAGCACGUGCCACCGAUGUCCACUAAGCACCCCAAUGGUCAAUCGAUGGAGGCGGAAUUCAAAUCGCCGAGAGAUAUUUCACCUGACAGGCAUUCUGUCAACCCUUGUGAGUACCGGACUAGUGGGAUUGAACUCGGAUCCGCUGAGAACCAAACUCCUAAACCGGUGAUGGAUGUAAAUCAGACAUUUGUUUUUGACCCAACUGCACUCAGCAUGCCUGGAGCAUGCUUUGAACUCCCACAAGUAGUUAAGAUACGACCGAAAAAAGUUGACUCAGAGUCUUCCAGUCCGAAGAAACAGCGCCCAGUUUCAGCAGGGUCUUUGAAACUGCACAUAAGAAGUGGAGAUUCCACUGUUCUUGGUUCUGUUUACUCAGUUUUAUCCACAUUUAGUCAAGAAAGCAUUAUAAGUGAAGCAGAUUCGUACGUCACUGUAAAUAGCCGCUUGUUGCAUACGGGAAGUGAAGAGUUAUAUACGACAGCAUGUAGUGAUUCUGAGAUACCCGUGAAAAUAGCUGCGGAAAACGACUUCCAUCCUGAAUUUGACGAGUGUCCAACCUUAUCCAGAAAACGAACAAUGUUGCCGAGAAACCAACGACACCGUUCCAAUGUUCCUCGACCAAUGAAUGGGGAUUAUUCUUCUGAAGAUGAAAUGGAUGAUACUGUGUUCACAUCAUCGGAGGCUAUCACUGUCACACCAAAAUUCUCUCGCCUUCCCUCCAAGAUCCCUUCUCCGAAAGACAGUAUCUCAAUAAAGCUGAUGAACACGGACCCUGACAAUCAGAGUGAGUUCUCAUUUAUUUUAAGCAGCAUGUUAGUUUUAAUUUUAAUCACGAAGUGCUCACAUAUCUCUAUUGAUUAUUACUUUCUGACGCUAAGAAAAUGGCGGCCAAAACUUGUGCAUUUCCAGAAGUCUUGUUGUUCUAUAUUUAAAAAGUAUAUGGCCACACGCACACAUAACUUGGAGCUUAGCUCCCACCUCAGUUCACAAGUAAAACUUUGUCACUCAAUCAAGCCCAUACCGUUAGGGUGACAACUGUCAACAACAUUUUGUUGGGUGCGUCAUUCUCCGCUCUUGAGAUUUAAGUUCAUAGGAUCAGUAUUGAUUUCUACUGCAAUAUGACAUCUUUUUCUGAACAAUCAGCGAAUCUAAAUCACAAAGAGAACCGGGUGUUAUGCGCAAAAAACAGGUUGCUUUAGUAAACCUUGAUUCUGUCCGCCAAAUUUACGGAAUUAACCCAAGAUCAUCCAGGGAUUGGUUUGUUCCUAAUUAAGCUAUUAAGUAACGCACCUUAGGGUGCAAUAGUAGAUCACCCACCAGGGCCGAGUCCUUGGCAUUUGUUAGGUUAAAAUUCCCACGCGCACACUGACUUCCUACUAGUUCGCUGGCUAAAUAAAUCGCUGAGACAAUCGCUGAAAAACACGGCAUAAGAGCACUAUAGAAACAACCGGUCUGCUGCUGUGUCUAGUUGGACAUUCCAGCCUCUUGUACAAGAACUCCUCAACCACAACACAAUAUUUCAUUUGCUCUUCUUGAUAGUGCGUAGCCCAGAAGCCAUCCGUCUCCUAGUAUGCUAUUUUUGGUUACCAGACUGCCCUUGACGAAAAUCAUACGGUGAUUACUGUUUCAUAUCACAGCAAGUAUCAGAGCACUUGGGCAUUCAGCCCAUAACUAACCGAAUAAGAAAUAAUGACUCUCAGGGGAGGUAAGAAAAGAAAUGGCGGAAAUGUUCGAGGUUAGGUGUUACGAGUAUCAAGCGUCUCAAGCGUCCGUAUUCAGCUUGAAAUUGUUUCCGAUCCGAGUCGAACGGUUUCGUAUGAAAUUAAUCUGACGACCAAAAGGAAAAAAAUGAAAAUGCGUUAAGUUGUUCUAAUGGAACAUUGGAGAAGCAUUGGAGUGAUGUUUUACAAUUGGUAAUAUGCAGAUGCUUGACACUUCCGCAGGAUAGUUAGCGUAAAAGUUACAAGAUAAAAGCACAUUGUUGAUAAUACAACGCACAAUCUGCCUAACCCAACAAGAGGUCUGCAGUAACACAGGCAUAGAUAUUCCUACCUGGAUUUUGAGGGGUGUCUGAUACAGGCCAUUGAUCUUUACUAAUGCUGCCAUUUGAUAAUCACACGACUUAUCAUGUACUCUUAAUUUGCCCAUGUGACUACAAGUGAUCAUUGGAACAUUGAUAAAGUUGUAGUAUUAACUACAUGCGCUGGGAGGGAGUUACAGGGCUGUGAAACUGCAAAAGAAACAAAUUCGUCGACAUCCCAGACCUCGGUAUUAUAUGGCCGGUUAGAACUGCUGGCCCCAUGCAUAUUUGUUUUGGGUGAGUUCGCAAGCUGGUAUCCAGUGUCUCUGGGGCUUUUAGAUUCCGCUAAACAAUCGUGACCAGCGCCGUAGAUGCCGAUGCAUUUUUUUAUAGUUGUUAGUUCGAAUUGAUAAGGAACAAAAAGAUCCUUUAGCGUUUUUAGUCGCCCUAUGUUGCACCGUCUCUAGAGCAGUGAAGUCACGAUUAUGCCAGGGGUACCACGAUUGCAUAGGAUAUUCCACACCCGCCGAACGUUUGCGGAAAGACUGAGGCGUCAAAAAUACCGGAUACCCAACGAAGGAGGCCGAAUUGCUGUUUUACCUUCUUUAAUGCUUAUUCAGUUUGCCUAAAACAGCCAAGUUCAUGUUACACAAGUGCUCCAUGGCUCUCAUGAUGCGCACGCUGCGAAAUUUGGGGACCUAAGCGCUAGUCAUGUGUGGUUCGAUGACGCAAGCUCAGUACUGUGCACUGUCGGAGUUGAACGGGAACAUGUACUCGGUGACGCAGAUUUACAGGAAUGCGCAUACGAAAUCCGGGAUUUCUGGCGACUUGCACUUUUGUUAAAACAAACAGUACAAUUAAUUUUGAAAGUGCGAUAGGAAACCCCUAUUCAGAAUUUGACGAUUCGUGCGGCUUGAUACAUAAGUACAACCACCACUUGGGGCGAAAUGUGUCACGUUAUUAGUGCUAAACUUGGAAACAAUGACGAUUGCGAACGCAAUACCACCUCGGGCGCUUGCAGACACUUGACCUUGGCUGCAGCAGGCGUAUAGUCCGCAGUUGACGCACACUUGCUUGAAUGUGUGGCGUACAUCGAACCACGUAGCUAUUCCAGGUGUUCCGUUUAAGAAGUGUAACUAUUAUUCCGAAUAGUUCAGAAGUAACAGAAUAAUCUAAAUAACCGGAGGGCAUUCGUCAUCAUCAUCAUCAUACAGGUUAGCUAGAGGUGGGGAACACCUUAGCUACUGUGCCGAAAUACACAG